AUGGCUGGUGACUCAUCUGGUGACCAAGCUGGUGACUCAGCACUUGCAGUGGGCGAUUGGAUUGAAGUGCAAUGGCCUUGUCAUUCAGAGCAGUCAGAGCAGUCAGAGCAGUCAGAGCAGUCGACCACGAAUUCCACGGGCGCUGGAUAUGGCGACCGCAACGUCGGCGUGAAAUUUCUAUGGUUCAAGGCCUUGGUGGCCGCGGUGCGAGACUCAGGGAGCGGGACCAUGACGAGCCGCCGCAAAUUCCUGCUGCGUUUUGAGGAUGCCGAGGAAAGUUGGAAUUCGCUACGGAAAGUCCAGUGGCGACGACUCCCGAAAGAACUUGGCAAAGUCAGCGAAGUCAGCGAAGUGAUCCAAGUGACUCCCGAUGGAACUGUGGAGGAUGAGACAGGCUUUGUUUACAGCUUUGAAAUUGAGGAUGAAUUCCUCCUUUUCUGUGAUAGUUUGCAUGAUAGGCGGGAAGAGUUGGGUGACAAGUCUCGAGGUGAUUGCGCCUAUGGAGAGGCCCUCAGUGGAGGUCUUGUUUCUGUUUUGAUUCGCCGAGAGGCACUGCCAGAACCCGAGCGUGAGGUGUACAAUCGCUUACAUCAACGAUGCAUCCAAGAGGUACCGAAAGCUUGGCCUGGCUGGAUUCAAAAGGCAGCAGGGAAGUCUGGACGUGCCAGGCCCUCCCAAGACCUCCGGGUCCUGCAAUACUUUGAGAAGGCGAACUUCAAAGCUCACGUGGACAGUGGUUGGGCAUGUCAAGCGCUGAUCUAUCUCAACGAAGAUUUUCAGGGAGGGUACACUGAGUUCCCAAAUCUGAAAGCUCGUUAUCGACCUCGACGUGGUCGUGUAUUGCUUUGGCGCUCGCUCUGCGUAGGCUUCAAGCCUGCAGUGCCAGGUACUCUUGAUGACCAUCCUGCUCAACAUGUUGCUUGUGAAGUUUUCAAUGGAGUGAAGCGAGUAGUGAGUCUUCAUUUGGUGUUGGCAUAG